AUGCAUAUCCCCACGAAUACCAAGCCACCCUACACUCCUCCAGGUCCAGCUUCAACUGCCCCUCCAUACACACCUCAACCACAGUACUCGCCCCAGCCGGCCCCCCAUUACAUAGCUGGCCAAUCACAAGGAUGGCCUCCACGGCCACCGCAUACACCACAGCCUGUCUACAGUCCUCAGUCAAGCACCUACAACUAUAACGGCCUUCGCCAAAGUGCGCUUCUUCUCUCGGCCGUCAGAGACGGCAACAAAGAAGAAGCAAUCCGCCUAAUCAGUGAAGGCGCAGAUCUAAACUACCGCGACCACUCGUGGGGCCGCUCACCCAUAUCCCAAGCAGCUGAAUACGGCCGUCCCCAGGUCCUCCAGAUCCUUCUACAGCACGGCGCGAGUCCCAACUCCCUCGAUGUUGCAGGAACAGAGCCAAGUCAGGAAAACACAGGCCGGACACCACUCAUGUGGGGAGCUCUGCGCGGACGAAAGGAAGUAUGUCGGAUCCUGCUAGAUGCAGGUGCCGAUCCUAUGAUUGCAGAGAAAGAUGGAAGAACUGCAUUAUCAUGGGCUGCUGAGCACGGACACGGAGAAGUGGUGAAAAUGUUUCUCGAACGAGGCGUGCCGGUUGAUGUAGCGGAUCGGUUCCGGGGUCAGACACCUCUCUCAUGGGCGGCGAUGGAGGGACAUACUUUCGUGGUUGUAUUGCUUUUAGAGCAUGGGGCAAAUCCUAACUAUGCGGAUAAGAGCAGCCGGCAUGCGUUGUCUUGGGCUGCGCAACAUGGGAAUGAUACUAUCGUGCAGAUUCUGCUGAAGCAAAAGGGGGUGCAGGUUGAUUUGCGAGGGGCUGCGGGAAAGACGGCUCUUGCUUGGGCUGCGAUUCAGGGCAAUAGGAAGGUCAUCAAUCUGUUACUUGAAAAUGGUGCGGAUAUCAAUCUAGCCGAUAGUCAGGGACGAACACCCUUUUCGUGGGCUGCGGAGAAAGGGUACAGGAGUAUUAUGGAUAUUCUGCUUGAGAAGGGAGCGAUUGUUGGUCAGAUGAGGGGUUAG